AUGACACUCCUCGAAUUGGUACUGGCAAAGCCAAAGCUGCACAACCGGCUCCCUGAAGGUUUGGCCGAGUUGGACAAGGCUUUGUUAUCAGCACAUAUCACCACUCAUUUGGUUGAUUUGUGCGGGGACCAGCCCAAAGACCUCCAGGUGGAGGCUGUUUUGUGGCUGGUUUGA